AUGAUCAUCUUAUCCGGAGAUCUCCGGACUGUAUAUGACCAGAUCAUGAGAUCUUCAUCAAGUGGAACUGUUUCAGUUCUCGUUUUCGUUCCUUAUAAUGUUGAUUCAAUAGCAGCAAAAUCGAUAUUAUUUGAUUUAUUCAAACGAGAUGAUAUAUUAGCACAUUUUUCAUUUGUUCGCAGAUAUGCAGAAUUGGAUAGCUGUAUUAAAACCCAUGUUACAGAAGGAACUUUACCUUCCUCAGUUUUUUUUAUUAACUGUGCUGGUGCUGUUAGUUUACUUGCACGUUACGAGGGAGCAUUCAAUUCUGAAACAAAAGCUUACAUUAUUGAAAGUCAUCGACCUAUUCAUCCUCACAAUAUCGAUUCCAGAAAUGAAUUCGUAAAUGUAUUUGAUGUUGCGAACCAAAUUGAUACAACCCUAUCAGAUGAGGAGCAGCAAAUGAACGAAUCGUUUGCUGAUCCAGCUUCUAUUCAAGCUUACGCUCUAGCCGUUGAAAAUGGCUUAGCAAAUUCUCAAGUUUUAUGGUUUGCAAUUCUCGGAUUAACAGAACAUUUCAUCUUAGGUCAUAUUGAUAAUAAUCGUUAUGAAACAUUACUCGAAAUUAUUUCAAAUGAAGUAUCUCGUCUUUCAAAUGGCAAGCCAUUUACUGUCAUAUACGACGACAAUGGUGAUGAAACUGUAAGACCUGAUACAGGAAUUCAAGUACCUGUAUUCCAAGAAUUUGCAAUUUCAUCAUCAACAGAAUUACGAUGCCCAUUGCUUCGUCAAUGGACAUUAGAAGAAUCUUUACAUGCUAGUACAUUCAUUGCUUCUCGUCUCAGAUUAUGGACUGAGUCCGGACAAGAGAAUCUUCAACAUUUAUUAGCAACUACAGGAAUUAAGCUCAAACAAGCUCGCCAAACAUACAUAGUCAUGGAUAGCGAAGUUAAAGAUACAAUCGUAGAAAGAUUUGAUCGCCAAAUUGAUACGUUUAACCUUGCAGGAUUUACAUUUCCAAGUUUUACUCUUAGACGCGGCUACGAGACAGAGCUUUCAGCUGCAGACGUCGUGUUGGCUCUGCGUGCUCAGCUGUGUACCGUAACUGAGAACUCUCUUCCACAAUUAGAUACUUUUUCCGGAAUGAGAUUUCUAAACAAUCCAGAACUCAGACAUUCUUCCAUGGAAGCAGCCAAAAAGCGUGCUAAGUCGAUUGUCAAGUUCGGAACAGAGCUUUUAUCACGUCGAAAUUCGAUGAUUAUUAAUUCACAAGAUUUUUGGACUGUUACUGUUAGAGAUGCAUUAGAUCCAGCAUUCAAACACGAGCCACAAACCGUUGCUGAGCUCGGCCAAUUCCUUCUCCAAGCUCUUGAUACUUUGAUUCAAGAUGGAGGUUCAAUCCCUAUAAUUCUUUCUAUUUUAGAUGAAGAGAAAGACAAAUUUCUCGUUGUUGCAGUUUCCCCUUCGUUCGAGUUCUCCGAUGCUGUUAGUACUCCAUUCGGAAAGCUCUUCAAAGCCGCUGCUGCUGAAGCCGAGAUUGUAAUCUCCGCUGACUCUUUUGAUUCUUUUGUUUGUACUGUUCCUGCUCAGAAUUUGCCACUGUUCUUUGAUAUAUUAUCAAGACUUAUAGUGCGUGACGUAUAA